AUGAGCAGCCAUCAGACAGUAAAAAUCUUCAAGAAAUCUUCUGUCCCAGGAGUUGUUAUCACUCAGUUUGUGAAUGAUGUUCCAGAAGGAUGCAGUACACCUGAUUUUGAGAAGAAACCACUCAGUCUGACAUUGCAAGAAGGCAAAAAUGCCAUUUUCAGAGCUGUGGUCAAAGGUGUCCCAGCUCCUGAGGUGAAAUGGUCGCGUACACGGAAAGGAAUGGAUGAGCCUGCCAAAUAUGAAAUGUCCUUCAAUAGUGCUACAAAUGAAUUCAUUCUGCAGAUCAAGAGCCUGGUUCUGGAUGACAGUGAUUUGUAUCGCUGCUGUGCUGUUAAUGCCUAUGGAGAGGCCUCCUGCUCUGCUGGCCUCAGGAUCAUCCAAGUUGGCUUUAAGAGGAAGGCAAAAUAUGUUCCUGUUCAUGCUGCUGAUGAGCUCAAGAAGACACUCCUGGACUCCAAGAAGCUGCUGAGGAAGAGGGUUGCAGCACCAAAACCGAAGCCCCUGGACAAAGAAGCUGUGUGGCAGCUGUUGCUGCAUGCAGAUAGGAGAGAUUAUGAGAAAAUCUGUUUGAAAUAUGGAAUUGUUGACUUCCGUGGGAUGCUGAGGAAGCUGCAGGAGAUGAGGAAGGACACAGAGAGUGAACAAGACAAGUUAAUUCACAGUCUCAAAAACUUUGAACACAUCAAAGUUGACAAGGAGGGAAAUGCUACUUUCAGCCUGGAGAUGGAGCUGAAAAACAGCAACAGCAACGUUUACCUGCUCAAGGACGGCGAGCGGCUCCGGUACGGGACAGGGGACGAGUACAGGAAGCACUGCCUGCGGAGAGUGGGGAGGAGGUACUACUUCACUGUCAAUGAUGUGCAGCCAGAGGACGCAGGGGUGUACCAGGUCAGGGUGGAGGACGUCCCUGUCUUCUCAACUGAACUGGAUGCUCAAGCCAUCCCGGCGCGGUUCCGGCAGCCGCUCUCCGACGUGCGCUGUGCCGAGGCCGGGGACGCCGAGUUCCAGUGUGUGCUGUGCAUGCCCUGCCACCAACCCCUGUGGCUGCACAAAAGCCACCCUCUCCAGGCCAGUGACAAGCACCAGAUCUCUGUGACACCUGAUGGCCUGACCCACAAGCUGAUUGUCAGGAACGUGGGGCCUUCGGACAGUGGCCUGUACACACUCGACGCGGGACAGGGCUCCUCCAGCGCCUGGCUCCUCGUGGAGUAUGCCAAAGGAAAGAGGAGACAGGAUGAAGGAGAAAAGAUUGGAAGGGAGACAUCUGAGUGGCUGAAAGAAACAAUGGCAGACAAUGAAAGGGCGAGGAAGCUUCGUCGCCAAGAACAAGCUGCUGCUGAAGAUCGUCCUUCCUUUUCCACAUCCUCUGGUGUGGAGAAAAGUGGCUGGUACAGAACAGGUCAAGGCAGCAGUCAAGGCAGGGGCCAAGGACACUCCAUUGAUUCUGAUGAUGGAAGCCAAAGAUUUUUGGGAAAAGAAGGGCUACGCAAAACCCAUGUGAAUGGAGAGAUGGGGUCUGGGCAGUUUUCUGGAGCAGGUCUAGAUGGAGACUCGGCAGCCAAUGACGGCAGCAUCUUUGGACUAAAAGGCUUCGGGGGCAGAAGUGGGUUAAAGGCUGUCCAUGGCAUGGACUCUGUGUCAGGCAGAGCAGGUCCUGGUGGUGCAGUAGGAGGGGCAGGUGAAUGGAAUUCUGUGGAUGGCAGAGGUGAAGGUUUGCUGGGUGCUGCUAACAUUGACAUGGAUGAUGGAGAAGGUUUGGGCUCUCAGCAUGACAAGGAUGGGAAUUUAGGUGAUGCCAGUUACAGAGUGGGUUUUGGGGGUGCUGGGAGGUUCAGUGGUGGAAGUUUUGUGCCAGAUGGGCUUGAUCCUGAUUCAGCUGGAGUGGGAGCCAGAGGAAUGAGUUCCCACCAUGGCAAGGAUGGGCAUGCCACUGUGGGUGAUAUGAAUGGAGCAGGUAUAAACAGAGAGGGACAAACAGGGACUCCCUAUGGCAAGGAUGGCCUGACACCUCAUGCCAGUGGUCAGUUAGGGCAGACAGGAAGAUCUGGCUCAUUGUAUGGGCCAGGAGGUCUUCCAGGUGGAGAUGGGGCUACAUCUGGUACAGGUGGCAAUUCCAUAGGAGAAAUGGAGGCUUUGUAUGGUCCAGGUGGUCAGGCACUGGGACUGGCUGGUGGUGCUGGUGGAGCUGGUGCAGGGGGAUUUGGGUCUCCCUAUGGAAAGGAUGGUCUCCCAGCUGGGGGUGGUUUUGGUGGUGUUGGUGCAGGGGGACUUGGAGCUCCCUAUGGGAAAGAUGGUCUUCCAAUUGGAACAGGUGCUGGUGGGGCUGGUGGUGCAGGGGAACAUGGAUAUCUCUAUGGAAAGGAUGGUCUCCCAGCUGGGGCUGGUGGAGCUGGUGCAGGAUUUGGAGAGGCUUUGUAUGGUCCAGAUGGUCGGCCACUUGGAGCAGGUGUUGUUGGUGCUGGUUCUGCAAGUGGCAGGGGAAUUGGAGCUCCCUAUGGAAAGGAUGGUCUCCCAGCUGGAGCAGGUGCUGGUGUUGGUGGUGCAGGGGGAGUUGGGGGUUCCCAUGGAAAGGAUGGUCUCCCAGUUGGAGUAGGUGCUGGUAGGGCUGGUGGUGAAGGGGGAGCUGGAGUUCCCUAUGGAAAGGAUGGUCUGCCAAUUGGAGCAGGUGUUGAUGGUGGUGUUGGUGCAGGGGGACUUGGAUCUCCCUAUGGAAAGGAUGGUCUCCCAGCUGGAGCUGGUUUUGGUGUUGGUGGUGCAGGGAGACCUGGAGCUCCCUAUGGAAAGGAUGGUCUCCCAGCUGGAGCAGGUGCUGGUGGUGCAGGAGGAUUUGGGGAGGCUUUGUAUGAUGGUCGGCCACUUGGAGCUGGUGUUGGUGCUGGUGGGGGUGGUUCUGGUGCAGGGGGAUUUGGAUCUCCCUAUGGAAAGGAUGGUCUCCCAGCUGGAGCUGGUGGAGCUGGUCUAGGAGGACUUGGAGAGACUUUGUAUGGUCCAGAUGGUCGGCCACUUGGAGCAGGUAUUGGUGGGUCUGGUGGUACAGGGGGACUUGGAUCUCCCUAUGGAAAAGAAGGCCUCCCAGCUGGAGCUGGUGGAGCUGGUGCAGGAGAAUCUGGAGAGGCUUUGUAUGGUCCAGAUGGUCGGCCACUUGGAGCAGGUGUUGUUGGUGCUGGUUCUGCAAGUGGCAGGGGAAUUGGAGCUCCCUAUGGAAAGGAUGGUGUCCCAGCUGGAGCAGGUGCUGGUGUUGGUGGUGCAGGGGGAGUUGGGGGUUCCCAUGGAAAGGAUGGUCUCCCAGUUGGAGUAGGUGCUGGUAGGGCUGGUGGUGAAGGGGGAGCUGGAGUUCCCUAUGGAAAGGAUGGUCUGCCAAUUGGAGCAGGUGUUGAUGGUGGUGUUGGUGCAGGGGGACUUGGAUCUCCCUAUGGAAAGGAUGGUCUCCCAGCUGGAGCUGGUUUUGGUGUUGGUGGUGCAGGGAGACCUGGAGCUCCCUAUGGAAAGGAUGGUCUCCCAGCUGGAGCAGAUGCUGGUGUUAGUGGUGCAGGGGGAGUUGGGGGUUCCUAUGGGAUGGAUGGUGUCCCAGUUGGAGCAGGUGCUGGUGGGGCUGGUGCAGGGGCAUUUGGGUCUCCCUAUGGAAAGGAUGGUCUCCCAGCUGGAGCUGGUGUUAGUGGUGCAGGAGAGGCUUUGUAUGGUCCAGAUGGUCAGCCACUUGGAACAGGUGUUGGUGGUGCUGAUUCUGUGAGUGCCAGAGGAACUGGAGCUCCCUAUGGAAGGAAUGGUGUCCCAGCUGGAGCAGGUGUUGGUGAUGCAGGGGGAGUUGGAGGUCCCUAUAGAAAGGAUGGUGUCCCAGUUGGAGCUGGUGUUGGUGGUGCAGAGGGAGUAGAGGGUCCCUAUGGAAAGGAUGGUCUCCCAGCUGGAGCAGGUACUGGUGUUGGUGGUGCAGUGGGAGUUGGGGGUCCCUAUGGAAAGGAUGGUGUCCCAGUUGGUGCAGGUGUUGGUGGUGCAGGGGGAGUUGGGGGUCCCUAUGGAAAGGAUGGUCUCCCAGCUGGAGCAGGUGCUGGUGUUGGUGGUGCAGUGGGAGUUGGGGGUCCCUAUGGAAAGGAUGGUGUCCCAGUUGGUGCAGGUGUUGGUGGUGCAGGGGGAGUUGGGGGUCCCUAUGGAAAGGAUGGUGUCCCAGCUGGAGCAGGUGCUGGUGUUGGUGGUGCAGGGGGAGUUGGGGGUCCCUAUGGAAAGGAUGGUGUCCCAGCUGGAGCAGGUGUUGGUGGUGCAGGGGGAGUUGGGGGUCCCUAUGGAAAGGAUGGUCUCCCAGCUGGAGCAGGUGCUGGUGUUGGUGGUGCAGUGGGAGUUGGGGGUCCCUAUGGAAAGGAUGGUCUCCUAGCUGGGGCAGUGGCAGGAGCUGCUCAUUUUUCUCUUGGAGGUGAGGAAGCAAUGGGAUCUGGCCAUGGCACGGAUGCCGCACUGAGCAGAGCUCUGGGAUAUGCAGGUGGAGCAGGAGGAGAGGGCUUUUCCAGGGAAGGCUCUGCACUGUGGGGUGCAGGGUCUCCUUAUUGUGAGGACAGAGGGUCAGCUGUAGCCACAGCUGGUGCAGGUGGAGUUGGGAGGUUGGGAGGGGAUGAAUGGGAUUCAGUCCAUGGUAAAGGAGGUGUGGGAGCUGCUGGUGGACCAGGUGGUGAAUAUGGGCUGGACGCACAUCUUGGCAGAUCUUCGAGAGGUGAAACUGGAAAGGGCACUGCCAGUGAUGUCAGAGGGCCAGGGAACAAAGGUUCAGCUGGUGACAGAGGGUCCCUGCCUGGUCCAGGAGGAGCCAGGGGAGAGGGCAGAGAUUUCAGACAGUUGGGCUCUCUCUAUGGUACGAAUUCUGCCUUUGGAGAGGCAGGGAGUAAAUCCCAUGACAGAUCUGUUGAUGGGAGUAGUUCAGGAGGGUUUGGUCAAGGUCCACUGAGUUAUGGCCAGAUGUCAGGUCCUUUUGGUGGACCUCCUUCAGCAAACCAGAGAAACCAGGAACCUGACGUGGAUCUUAAAGCAAAUGAUUCCCUGAACACAGAAAGCACAGCACAAAAGAGACGGAGUGUCCUGGAUGAUCUCAAAGUCCCACGCUGUUACCUCAACAAGCAGCUGGCGACCGUGCGAGUGCUGAAGGGGGACCCAGCUGAGCUGUCCUGCACUGUCAGCAAGGACAAUGUGACAGGAACCUGGUUUAAGGAUGGCCUAAAGUUAACAAGCAUGGAUGGAGUUGUCUUUGAAAAGAAAGGCCUUGUCCACAAACUGAUCAUUAACAAGGCUGAAGAUAUUCAUGCUGGGAAAUACAGGUUUGAAGGUGGAGAUGUAAAAACUGAAGCUUCAAUUUUUGUUGAAGAUCCUCCCCAGGUGGACAAAGUUCUCCUCAAGAACUUGACCAGUGUCCCCACAGUGGCCAAGGCUGGGGAGGGGGUGAAGCUGCGGAUCCCAUUCAAGGGUCGGGGGCCCAUCAGGGCGGCGUGGCUGAAGGACAGGAUGGAGCUGGGGGAUGACACCAGGAUCCGUGUGGACAAGACAGACACCUGCACCAUGCUGUCCAUUUCCAGCUGCGACAGGAGGGACUGUGGGGAUUACAAAGUCAGGCUCAAGAACGACAGUGGUGUCCUGGAGAUCAACCUAAAGCUCAUGGUGAUAGACAAGCCACAGCCUCCAGCAGGACCCAUCAAAAUUGUAGAAAGCUCCGCCAACAACAUCACAAUCCAGUGGAAGCCCCCAAAGGAUGAUGGGGGCAAACCAAUACAAAGGUACCUCGUGGAGAGGCAGCAGGUGGGCAGGAACGACUGGGAGACACUGGGAGAAACCCCCAGGAGCUGCACCAGCUUCACCAUGAGCAAAGUGGAGGAAGAGAUGAGCUACUACUUCAGGGUGAGAGCCAUGAAUGCCGAGGGAGUGAGCGAUGCGCUGGAGUCAGGGGAAGUGAAGGCUGCUGGUAAAGCUUCCCCUGGUGCCCCCGAUCCUCCUGAGAUCAUCAGUGCCAGCAGAGACACCAUCACCAUAUCCUGGAAAGCUCCUUGUAAAACUGGCACUUCCCAAAUUAUGGGAUACAUUGUUCAGAAACGCAAGAAGGGCACUGUGACCUGGCUGCCAGUCACCAAUGUGCCUGUCAAAGACAAGAAACUGAAGGUGACCAGCCUCAAGAAGGGUGUGCAGUAUGAGUUCCGUGUGGCAGCUGUCAAUGCUGCUGGCACAGGACAGCCCAGUGACCCCUCAGAGCCUGCCUUUGCCCGGGACCCCACCAAAUCUCCAGGCCAAGUGCAAGACCUUAAAGUGAGCAGCAGUGACAGCACCAGCGUCACCUUGACGUGGAACAAACCUGAAGUACAAGACGGGAAUGAUGUAAAAGGCUAUGAGGUGGAGAUGAGGCCCUGUAACAGCCUCAGCUGGACCAAGUGCUUCACCCUCCCUGCAGAGAGCACCUCGUGCAGGGUGCAGGGCCUGCAGGCCCGGGAGAAGCUGUUCUUGCGCGUCAGGGCCCUCGGCGACGGCGGCCCCGGGGAGGCCUCGGAGCUCGAGGCGUGUGCUGGAGCUGCUGCUGCCCUGGUCUCUCCCAGGUUACUGAUAGAUGACACAGUGAAAAGCUUCCUGGUUAUAAAAGCAGGGAAUCCCAUCAGGGUGAAGAUUCCCUUUGAGGGAUCUCCCGAGCCGCUGGUGACCUGGUUAAAGGAUGGGCUCCCCCUUCCCAGCCGGGCUGCUGUGAGCACCGAGGAUGGGAGCAGCCAGCUGCUGCUCAGGGCAGCCGAGCUCAGUGACAGCGGCACCUACACUGUGGAGCUUGGGGAUGGGCUGGGGAAAAGGGAAACCUUCAGCUUCCAGGUUCAAAUUACAGAUAUCCCUCAGCCCCCUGGAGCCAUCCAGCUGGAGGAGAACGUGCCCAACACGGUGACAGUGACCUGGGUCCCCUCAGCAUCUGAGCAGUGGGAGAAGAACCUGUAUUACACUGUCCUGAAACGGGAAUCCCAGAAGGGCCUGUGGCAUGUGCUGGGGGAUCUGAUCUACAACAACAAGUUCACCUUCACCAGGGUGGUCCCAGGCAGAGAUUAUUACUUCAGGGUUGUGGCAAAAAAUGACCUGGGAGCCAGUGAUCCAUCAGAGACUGUGCAGCCCUGGAGGAUCUGGAAAAAAAAAGCUGAAUUUCGAGUGAAAGCACAGAAAUACAGAGCAGUCAACCAGAACCAGCACCCGAGGUUCCUGGUGCCACUUAAGUCACACGUGGUGGUGACAGGCAGCGAGUGUCACAUGAGCUGUGCUGUUGGAGGCCAUCCUCCACCAAAAAUCACAUGGUACAAGGACAGCAGAGACCUCUCCAGAGAUCCCAACUACUUCUGCACCAACGACUUUGGAGUGUGCUCCCUGGUGGUGCUGGGGGUCACCAAGCACGAUGAGGGGGAGUACAUGGUGGAAGCCAGCAAUGAAGUGGGCCGUGCCUUCAGCAAAGCCUUCCUCGCCAUCAAAGACUCCUCCCUGUAGUGUGGCCCUGCUGAGAACAUCCCUGCAUGGCUCUGAGGAUGAGAAGGUUUUGGUGAGGACUCGUCCAUAUGAAGGCUGUGCAUUUCUUGUCAGUUGUUCGCAGUCUGAGGGUGUUAUUUUUCAGAUCCAGUAAUUGCAUGUGGAACAUGGUGCUGCAUUGCCAUUAAUACUGGGGGAAAAAAGCUUUAAGAGCACUGUUUUGUUUUUGUUUUUUUUUUUUUUUUAAUGAUCAGGCUUUCUAUGAGACCUUUAAAACACAGCUUAGAAGCUUCAGGAACACAGAAGAUGAGAGGAAAAAUAAUUGGCCGAAAUGAAACUUUCCACGGAGAACACAGGUGGGAGAGACCAUCCUGCUACACCUGCAACAAGGACCUUUUUGGACAUCAGGGAUCUUUAGUCCUUUCACAUAUGCUUUUUCAAGCCAUAACAAUCACUUUGGAUUCCAUGUGAUUCUCUGCAGGUUUCCCAAAUCUGGCAAAAGCAGUUCUGCAUAUGUUCUACUACCAGUAGCUGCUAAGUAGAUUAUCUUAAGUUUAAAAGAUCAUCUGCCUGCUCCUUUUGUCUGGGCAGGAGAUGAAACCUCAGACUAGCCUGACAUGGGGUAGGUGAAGCUCCCAGUGCAAAUGCAUGGGUGGGAAGGACUGGCAGGCUACAAUCACUGUGUGAGCAGAGCAACUCCCAAAAUCCACAGCAUGUGCCAUACAAAGGCUGUGUCAGUCCUGAAUCACCCCAGCAUCACCUGUGCAUCCUAACUGCCCCUGGUCACGGCACUGCUGGAAGGCUUUGCCUUGAGCAGAAAGAGGGGAAAAAUCCUUCCUGUCUGCCCAGAAAUACGAGGGACCCCCAGGGACCUCCUGCCAUGGCCAGGGGCUCCCAUCACUGGGCCUGGACAGCAAAAUGUUCUGGUGGCUGUAGGAGGAUGUCACAACCAGAGCACCAAGGGUACUUCGUGACAGGAGAGAGCAGAGCCGAACACAGCUGUGGGGCCGGAAUGUUUCCGGGAUUACAUUUUGUACAAUGUACAGAUGUACAUUGCUACAGAUGUAGCAGCAGUAGAUAAUGAAAUUAAACCACAAUUCAGUGAAAUCUACCCCGAGUCCAUGUUUAUUCUGGAGAAGGAAUCCCAGUCAGUUUCGGGAUCCCUGUCUGCUGCAGUUUCACAUGCGAUUGCUGCACAUGGUCAUCCCUCAUGGAAUUGCUCCCGCAGCUCCUCCUCCUGCGGGGCUGGAGGCAGGGGAUGUCACCUGCAGGGCAUAUUCGCUUCUUGACUGAAAAAUACAAGAACCAAGAUUGAUGGAAACCGGAACUGGAGUUGAGGGACCUCGGGAAGCCCCGGCACAGCAGGAG